AUGUCGUCAUACAUCCGUCCUGUACUAUCAACAGAGGGUCGCCUGGGCCACCUGACGCCCGACCAGAACCUCAAGCUCCAGGAAUUCUGGGUCCGACUGUACGAAAUCUUUGACGGCAAGGUCGACUUUGACCAGACCACUCCUCCGUCCUUCAAGGGCCAGGGUCGUGACGCCGACGUCUCCUCCCUCUACUCUCCAGCUGUUCCUCAUUCCUCUUCUUCUUCUUCUUCGUCGUCAACAGUUCAGGCACAACAGGUUCCUGUUACACAGAGCGCGGGAUGGUUAGGCGGCGGGUUUGGUCCGUCAGCGGCUGCUGGCUUUGUCGACGCCGUAUCGUCGGAUACUGUUAUGGCGGAUGAAGCGCCGAGGUUUACGGGCAAGCAGUUGCAUAGGAUCUUUUGGAAGAUCACGAUGAUGGAUCAUCCUGAUCUUGUGGUCCUUAAGUACAUCCGUGCCCGCAAAUGGGUGAUUGACGAUGCGCUCAAGAUGGUCCUGAACGCGUUGAAGUGGCGGGUAGUCGAGCGAUUGGACGAGUUGGUCGAGUUAUCGGACACGGAACUGGAUGCCAAAUACCCCAAAUUCGUUGAACAGUUAAAGUCAGGAAAAGGUUACUUGCGAGGCGCCGACCCCCUGGGACGUCCCAUGACGAUCAUCAACACCCGCUUGCACCAUAAAGGCGAUCAACCCCCCGAGACCAUUCAUCGAUACACUCUUUACACGAUGGAAUGCGGAAGGACGAUCUUGGAACCAGGCGCAGAGUCAAUCAUCGUCAUCUUUGACCUCUCAGAUUUCGGUCUCGACAACAUGGACUGGGGAUUCAUCCGUCUCUUUGUCCAAUGCUUCGAAGCCUACUACCCCGAAACCCUGGGCGUUUGCGUCAUCCACAAGGCCCCCUAUGUCUUCUGGGGCAUCUGGAAACUGAUCCAACCCCUCCUCGACCCCGUCGUCACCGCAAAAUUCGUCUUCACCCGCAAUAACGCCGACUUACACAAGGUCAUCCCUCGUGAACGACUCCCUGUGGUUCCUUAUGAUGGGUUGGAUGAUUGGAAGUAUGAGUAUAUCCCGGCGCAGGAAGGCGAGAACGAUCACAGGAAUGAUGUAGUCAAGCGGGAGGAGCUGUUGAAUGAGCGACAGGAUUUGGAGAACCAGUUUGAGACGGUUUCAAAGGAGUGGAGUUUGAGGAUGGAUGGAAGUAACUCGGCGGAGAGGGAUACGAUUGCCGCACAGUUGAAGGAGCAGUAUACAAGGCUAUGGCCUUAUGUGAGGGCUGUGAAUAUGUAUCAACGGUGGGGGGUUGCUCAACCUACGGGCGUCAAUUGGACGUACAACAUUGUUCAAGACAUGGAACUAGACUGA